UUUCCCUUUAUUUCUUUUCUGAUUUCUUCCUUAACCAUACGGGUGGCAUACUCUUUAUUCUUCAUUUGUCAUCCUCUCUCCUCAUCUCUCUAUAUAUAGUCCAAGCCUAACAAUAAGCAUGUGGAUUUAGAGUUCAUAUUUUCAGCAUAGAAGUCUCUAGAUCAUACCCCAGAAACAGAGAGAGAGAGAGAGAGAGAGGCCAUGGCUGGUCUGCAAAGGUCUUCAAUUUCUUUCAGAAGACAAGGCUCAUCAGGCUUAGUAUGGGAAGACAGGUUCUUGUCAGGAGAAUUAGAUCAAAUGAAGCAGAAGGAAGAAGGCGAACAAGAGGGUGCAGAAGUGAGAGAGCUAACCAAAAGCAAGAGUGUCGGAUCAGCAGGAAUUAUGGAGCGCAGCAGGUCUAAUGGAGGACGGGGUUAUCGGACAGGAAAGGUGUCACCAGCCAUCGACCCACCUUCUCCUAAGGUCUCUGCCUGCGGAUUCUGUGACGCUUUCAAAAAACCAAAGAGUACCCGUCGACCCAAAUCGGGUAAGCGCAAGUCCUAG